CAUGCGCCGGGCCGCGCCCGCAGCCCGGGCACCCGGCGCAACUUGCCGGGCGGCUUGAGGAGUUGGGGUCCCCCCGCGCGCCGGCCCCGGGCUGGGGAGUGGGCGCGCGUGCGUGGCCCCGCCAGCCCCCUGCCCCUGUCCCCGCCGGGGCCGCGGCCAAAGUGAGCGCAAGUGCGGCCAAGUGGCGGGAUGGAGCUGCAGAGCCGGCCCGAGGCGCUCGCCCUGGAGCUGGCGCGCCCCCAGAACGGAGACCUCAGCAAGCUCCACGAACGGCAGCCCCGGAUCGCGGCGCUCAGCGACAAACAAGCUCUGGGAACCGUCUCGGCCGUGCCCGGCGUGGGCCUCCCCGUCAGCUCCCUGCAGCGGUUGGCCGGGCACGGAGCGGCAGUGCUACCUCAGGUCAGGCCAAAGACUCUGAUCCCGGACAGCCUCCCCGUGGCGCCGGGCCGCGAGCGGCCCCCCAAGCAGCCCCCGGCGUUCCCCAAGGGCACCGUGGUCAGCAUCAAGAACCCCAGCCCCGCCCUCCCCACUGCCAACAACACCGUGAGCCAUGGGUCGGCGCCCGCCGGGCAGCCCCAGGCCCUCGCCGAGCCCGCGGCCGUCGGCUGUCCCCUGAGUGGCGCCGGGGUGGCCUACGCCAUCAUCUCCAGCACCCCCAGCAAUGCCGCCGCCGCCGCCGUGGCCCCCGGCUCCGCCGUGGCCGUGCUCAGAGACGGCCUCAAAGUGCAGCCGCUUCUCAUCAGCACCGACAGCAAGGUCAUCAUUCUCCAGCCUCAAGUGCAGACGCAACCCGAGGGCUCAGCCCAGCCCCGGCCGCCCUCCGACGAGCCACCCCAGGGAGCCCCGGAUGAGCAGCCCCCGGGCCAGGAGACCCCCGAGAAACUCGCCUUCAUGGUGGCGCUAGGCCUGGUCACGACGGAGCACCUGGAAGAGAUUCAGAGCAAACGUCAAGAGCGUAAGAGGAGAAGCACAGCCAACCCGGCCUACAGCGGCCUCCUGGAGACAGAGAGGAAGCGGCUGGCGCCCGGCUGCCUUGGCACCCCGCUGUCCCUCACAGCCAGAGCCAAUGAGGAGCCCUGCUGGAAGAGUGAACUCGCCCACGAUGAGCACUGUGCUGUGUGCAAGCGAGGGGCCGACCUCCAGCCGUGCAGCACCUGCCCGGGGUCCUACCACCUCAGUUGCCUGGAGCCCCCCGUCAGGACUGGGCCCAAGGGGCUGUGGAAGUGCCCCAAGUGCCAGCAGAAGGCCUUAAAGGACGAGGGCGUGCCCUGGAGCGGGAUGCUGGCCGCCGUGCACUCCUACGUCACCCACAAGACAGUCAAAGAAGAGGAGAAGCAGAAGCUGCUGCAGAGGGGUGGUGAGCUGCACGCCGAGCGCCAGCAGCUGGAGGCGCGAGACCGGCGCCUGGCCUCGGCCGUGAAGAAAUGCCUGGAACUGAAGAGCAGCCUGCUGGCCCGGCAGCGGGGGGCCCAGUCCACCCUGGGCCGCCUGCGUGCGCUCCUGCGGCUGAUCCGGGGCACCGUGACCAGUGCCAGCCCCGCCCCACUGCUGCCCACGGCCUGGACCAAGCCGGCCACGCUGCCUGUGCACUCAGUCCUACCGCACCCCCCGGGCCACAACUGAUGCCCCGGAAAGCCACUGGGACGCUCGGCACCAGGCCCGGGGGUCCCGUCCGCCUUAACUCAGAAAUGCUGUGAAUUCCAGACACGAACUGCCGCUGGCCGGCCGGGGCGCGGGAGGUGGGCUCGGGGGCCCGGGGAGGGCGCCCCUG